GAUUGUAAAGGACAUCACGGUGAACACAUCAAGUCAAAGCACAAUUGAAUCGAUCCAUUUUUCGCGAAGAUUUUACGUAUGCUCACAACAAAAAAAAUUGGGUUGUCCAGCAAAAGGCUACAUUGACAAUAAUGAUGGGCAGUUUGUCUUAACAACAAGUCAUGAGCAUGGGGCAUCUCAUCAGAAUAUUCGCAGCGAUGAAUUUAAGGACAGAUUAUGGUUGGAAGUCAUAAGUACAGAGGAAGAGCUGAGGUCAAUUUACCUUAACUUGGCUUCCAACUAUGAAAACGCUGCAUGUAUAGUCACUUGGGCUUCGAUUGAGAGAUCAAUGCGGCGAUGGCGUCAACAGCAUCGUCCACCCGUACCCAGGACAUUACAGGAGUAUGAUGAGAUAAUUAACCUCCCGCAGUGGAGUAAAUAUCGACAAUAUGCCGGUGGCGGCUUGACAGUGCAUACCAUCAAUGUCGCUGUCGAUACUUCAGUCACUGUAUUUGGUGACACAGAAUUCCUUGCAUCUAUUUCUAAUAUUCGAGAACUUCUUAUAGAUGCCACUUUUGAAGUUUGUCCUCGUGCAGCGGAUAUUUAUCAAUUUUUGACUAUUAUGGGACGGAUCGAUGACUCUUGCGUGCCCAUUACUUGGGCGUUGAUGACGAGGAAAACUGAGCAGGCCUACGUAGCUGUUUUUCAAUAUUUUAAGUUACAAUUGGCGCCACUCAUUCAACCGACAAAUGUUUCCCUGGAUUAUGAGUUAGCUUCAUCGAAUGCCAUUAGACAUGUCUAUCGUGAUAUCCGUGGAGUGUAUUGCUACUUUCACUUGGUUCAU